AUGAUUUGGUUCUGGAGUAGACAGUUAGGGAAGUUUCUAUUUGCUGCACGGAGAUAUCGACAUGGUGCUCAUAUUGAGUAUAUUAUGUCCCUUGAUGCUGAUGACCUAUCCCAAGGCAGUAAUGCCUAUGUUGGGAAGUUAAGUUCAGAUUUUCUGGGCACCAACUAUAAGAUCUUUGAUAGUCAACCACCUCACAGUGGUGCAAAGCCUGCAAGCAGUAGAGCCAGUCGGAGAUUCGCAAGUAAGCAAAUCAGCCCCCAAGUUCCAACUGGCAAUUUCGAGUUUGGUCAAGUGUUAAAGUUCAAUUUCUUGAAAUCAAGAGGUACUAGAAGAAUGGUUUGCUUGAUAAAAUGCCCUUUGCAGGAAGAGAAAGACAAUGACAAGCAUUUAGACGACACCAAGAUGAAAAUGCCUACAAAUGCUGCCUCUGGUCACACAGUUUUGAAGAACAAAGCUCCAAGAUGGCAUGAGCAUUUACAAUGUUGGUGCUUGAAUUUCCAUGGUCGGGUAACAGUAGCAUCGGUGAAGAACUUUCAGCUGUCUGCAACCGUAUACCCGAGCCAACCAGGAAGGAAAGGAGACAAGGAAACGGUUGUCCCCCAGUUCGGGAAAGUAGGGGACGAUACAUUCACCAUGGAUUAUAGGCAGCCCUUGUCAGCCUUUCUUGCUUUUUCCAUCGGUCUUACAAGCUUUGGUACGAAAUUGGCUUGCGAGUGAUUUUGUAUUGUUAUGUUAUAUGUUUAAAUUUUAUAGUUACGAGAUUUGGUUUGAUGGGACAAAGGCAAAUCAUGUAAAUGUUCCUAUUGUAUCUUAA